GUUUAUUAAAAAUUAUUUCAAGAAUGAAAUACUGCUUAACUGAUCGAACCCGGAAGAUCCUAUGGGCUAUUGUUGCAAUCCUGGCCCUGGCCCAGACUGCUUCAGCACGAGAGACUCUCUAUGUGAUGGAUGUCACAAUGCAUGGAAGCACAUAUUCUCGAUAUGCUUCAAAUCCUGAGUUUGAUGUGACAAAGAACUCAUACUCCAAGACUGGGGAUCUUGCACCUGAUGGUAUCCAAGAGAUGUAUAGAAUGGGGCAACAGUUCAGGAAUGAAUUCAUUACCAGUGGAAGUUUUUUGCCACCCAAAUAUGACUCGAAUGCUAUAUUCCUUGAAAGUAUCAAGGAUCAACCAGGACUCAUGAGUGCUUAUGCUUUCAUACUUGGUGCAUACUCUGAUUCCGUUAGUUAUUUGAACCUGAACAUGAACAACGCACAAGAACACCAACGACUUGUUAGAAAAACUCUAGGGCUUUCUGAUAUCCCAAUCUCAGGAUCUAGAAGUGUCCAAAUCAAUACAGAUGAAGGGUUCAUGUAUUGGUCUGAUGCAUCUCACCAAUGUCCAGCCUUGUACAAAAAUAUUCAUAAAAGUUUGGCGUUGGCAGGAGAGUCAGCCAGUAAUGACUAUAACAGAAACUUGUUCCCACAGCUGGCUUCAACAUUCGGAAGAUCUAGCAGUAAAGUUAAUUUUGAGACUGCGCACAAAUAUCUAGAUGAUUAUCAGGUUGCUAGAAGGCUCGGGAAUCAGUACCCAAAGUUCUCAAACCAAGCUAAUAUUGACAGACUUAUUGAAGAUUAUGAGCGUGAUUACUAUUAUAAUGGAGUCGUUGGUGGUAAUGAAAUUCCCAGAGUGAUCUCUACUCCAUUGCUCAACUAUGCUUUGAUUAAUAUUUAUGCUAAAAGUCAGGAAGAUUGUGGAAAUGCAAGAAUUCCAAAGAUUCAUAUGCUCAAACAUUCUCACUUCUUCACCGAUGAAAUCUCAUUUGCUGGUUUCCUAAAAGCCUUAGGCCAAUCACAGUCAACUGCACCAAAGGCAGGCCAGAAUGUAAGACUUGAGUUAUUUGAAACCAACGGAGAAUAUUAUGUGAACGUAUCUUUGGAUGGAAAACCAAUGAAUUUUGCUGGAUCCAGACACGGAAUUAUUGAGUUAGAUGCCUUUUUAAAAACCAUCUAUCCUAAAUUGUACUUUGGUGAUAUUGAUGCAGUAUGUAUUGGAAGAGAAGAGAUAUCUCUCAAUGUAUUCCCUCAAUGCCAAGACUAUCAAGAUUAUCUCAGCAUGUACACAGGAGGGGUAACUGCUGAAGAGGCUAUGCAUGUACACAAUUGUCGUAGAACCACCCAAGCUGUAGCUCAAGUACAUUCUGCACAACUUAUUGUUCCUCCUCCUCAUUAUGAAAGACCAGUUACAGUUGAGACAUACGAUGCUUAUAAUCCAGUGGAUGUUCAAUAUGUCGAAAAGAAAAGGCCUGUUGCAGUUCAAGUGCCCGUUGUAGAAGAGAGAGUCGUUGAAAAAAUUGUUGAAAAACCAUACAGAGUGUCAGUCCCUGUUAUUGAAGAAAAAGUUGUAGUUCAUGAGGUUGAGAAGGUUGUUUCUGAAAAACCAACUCAUAUCCAUCAUAUUGACUUAGCAGAGUCAGAACCGCAUCAAGAAGCUUAUGAGACCCCAGCUCCAACAAAUUUUGCACAGGGAGAAGAAGAUACUAGCUGGCCAUGGUGGAUGUGGUUGAUCCCACUCCUCUGUUGAUGCCUUUGUUUGAUUCCAUGACUAGCAUAUCUACUCUGCUGUCGUAAAAAGGAAGAAUACAAAGAAAGAGAGCCAAUCGCCCCAGUAAUCAGAAGGCCAGUUGAAAGAGAUGUAGAGCCUAUUAAAGAUGAUUCUUAUGAGAAAAAGUAUGUCAUCGAGAAGAAAGAAGUGGACGAUACCGAAAAAAUUGAGCAAGAGAUUACUAGAGAGCUUAGAAAGAGUAGAGCCAGGGAAACCACUAUCGUGAAAGAAAGCUCCCCAGGAAAAGGAAGAAGAAAGAGAAUCAAGACAAUUAAGAAAUUCGGUGAAGUCAUCGGAAAGGAGAUUCAAUACCUUGACGAAGAUGGAAACGUCCUCAGAACUGAAAGAGCUGGUGUAGAUGAGAUGGAAGCAAGAUCUGAGAGAUAUUCUAGUGCAAGCAGAGCUGUCGGAAGAACCCAAGUUGUCACUAGUGGCUCUAGGUACGCUGGAGGCUCAAAAGCUGGAAAUCUCCUGAUAGAUACCUAUGAAAGAGAAGGAGGCUUAGGAUCUGGAGUAGGCUCAACAGGUAAUUUGUAUGCCAACAGAGCAAGCAGAAUGAGCAGAGCUAGUAGAAGAGGAUACAGUUCAGGCAGACAUAUGGAUACAGCCGGAGGAUAUGUCAGUGGAAGCAAUGCUGGUCUUGUAGAGGAUGAUGCUGAAUAUGGUAGAUAUAGUCCAGGUGGUACUAGAAUGUCAAGAGUCUCAAGAAAAUCUGGCUCAAGAGCUUACAGAGAUAGAGUAGGAUCAGCAGGUGGAAGAGCUGGAUCUGGCAACUACCGCUCAAGUAGAUACGUUGUUGGCGGAGGCAGUGGUACAGGAAACUAUCGUGAAUAUAGAGAAGAAAGAAUCACUAAAGGUGGCACCACUAGACAUAAGGAUUUCUUUGUAGAUGAAGAUGACCAAAUCUAAAUAAAAUAUUUACUCGCAUUAAAUCUAUAUUGAUGCCAAAGGAAUCAAUAUUUUCAUAGAAGUUCAAUCAACAAUCAUUAAAUCCUUGAAUUCUAAAAAGCUUAUCCUCAUUCUUGUACCAAAUAUUUUCAAACCUG